CCGUCUACCCCGCCCCUCACUUCAACAUUUAAAGGCAUCCGAUCAGCCACCCACAACCAUAGUCGCAGCAGACAACGCACAAUGACAAUCACAACCCCCGACCCUUCCCGCCUGACAGCAACGCGAGCCCUCGCGCUAAUCCGCUCAAAUGAAUUAACCGUCGAAACCUACGCGCGCUCACUGCUGUCCCGGAUCGAAUCCCGCGACGAGACCGUAAACGCAUGGGCAUAUCUGAACCCGGAGUUCGUCCUCGCGCAGGCGCGGAAACUCGACGCUGUUCCGUUUGAGGAGCGGGGACCGUUGCACGGGCUGCCUGUUGGGGUUAAGGAUGUGAUCUAUACCAAGGAUAUGCCCACCGAGCAUAACUCCCCGCUAUACAAGGACAGCCAUGUUCCGGUUGAUGCGGCACCCGUUGCGAUUCUGAGGGCUGCGGGUUCUCUUAUUUUUGGGAAAACAACAACAACCGAAUUCGCCAGCACAACCAACGGCCCGCGCACAUACAACCCACACGAUCCCAGCCGGACGCCCGGGGGCUCCAGCUCGGGCUCCGGCGCCGCAGUCGCCGACUACCAGAUCCCCAUCGCGCUGGGCACACAAACGGGCGGGAGCACGAUCCGCCCAGGCUCGUUUAACGGGAUCUAUGCGGUGAAGCCGACGUGGGGGGCGGUUAGCCGGGAGGGACUCAAGGUUUAUUCCCUUGUUUUGGAUACGUUGGGGGUUUUUGCGAGGGGGGUGGAGGAUUUGGAACUGAUAUUGGGGGUUUUUGGGGUUAAAGAUGAUGAGGUGAAUGGUGGAGGGGGGACUGCGUUCCAAGGCGUGCAGGGUGCAAGGUUCGGCCUCGUCAAGACGAGUGUCUGGCCACAAGCCGGGCCUGGCACCAUCGCUGCAGUGGAAAAAGCAGCAGCGAUCCUCCGCUCGCACGGCGCAAUCGUCGAAGAAAUCGAACUCCCCCCGGAAUUCGACAACAUGCCCGCCUGGCACGCGACCAUCAUGGCCGUUGACGCGCGCACCUCGUUCUUGUCCGAGUACCGGCGCGACAAGAGCAAGAUCUCAAAGCACCUAACGGGAUACGUCGAGAAUAACGAGGGGUAUACACGUGUGCAGCACCUUGCAGCUCUCGACGGAAUCGCGUUGCUCCGCCCGCAGAUUGAUGGGAUUGCCGGCCGCUAUGCGGCGCUUCUUACGCCCAGCGUACCGGAUGAGGCGCCCGUGGGGAUUCAGGGGACGGGGAGUGCGGCGUUUUGUUCGAUGUGGACGGCACUUCAUACGCCUGUAGUGAAUCUCCCCGGGUUCCAAGGCGAGAAUGGUUUACCGAUUGGAGUCUCGCUCGUCGCGCCGAGGUUCAGGGAUCAACACUUGCUGGCUGUGGCCAAGGAACUUGGGAAGUUGUUUGAAGAGGAGGGCGGCUGGAAAUCCAGCCUUUGACGGUCGAGCGUCUUCUUUGGUUUGAAGAACAGAACGGAGACUUGUUCAUUGCAACAUUGAACCUGAAUUGGAUGUAGUAAAUGAUCCAUUCGUAUGCUGAUUAGGGGUCACAACUGGCAGUAAGUAGAAGCACAACAUCAUGGUCAAUUCAGGGUAUUAUAAAAAGCUCAUCGAACGAACAAAACUGGCGAUACAAAGCCCUCUCGUGGUCCCAUGACAUCCAAACUCCAUAUCAGCCGACAGAAAACUCCGCAGUCCGCAAUAACCAGUACCGAACCAUUAACCGCGGUAACGCCUUCAUUUCCUGUCAUAUCGUCGCUAAGAAGGAACUCCUAAAAAACCGCGGUAGGCUGCGAGCUAGCAGAUCCCCGCCACCAGCGGGUGAGUAGCAGAAAAGCUCGGGGUUGGAUUUUGCCAUAGAGUGCGACGGGCUCACACGAACAACAAGUCGUUCACCAUCAUAGUAAGCCUCGAUGACUCUGAUGUGAUGUGGGGCAGCGACCGAGAAUAGCAGGAUCUAAAACAAGGUUAACACGAGCUCCGUGUCAUGUGAUUCGUUCUUACCGGGGCGAUGGUAUGAGGGCGCGUCGACGGAUGACGGGGAAAGGCACGCCACAGAAAAGGGAAGACGCAAUAUCCACAUCACGCAAUGCGAACUCUGAUAAAACGCAAGUCUAAGGCCAAAGUCUAGUCCAGACAAUCCAAGGAAUGAGGUCGGGCCAUUAAAUAUGUGAACAGCGUAUUUAAGAUCUAUGCAGCUAAUUCCGAACUCAGGCUGGCAACAAACCAUCUUGUAUAUAUGUAGCAGAUUUGACUCUAUGCAACAGCAGGUAUUUAUUUUAUAUCUUAAAUGGAU